AUGGAGCAACAAGCUGAUUCUGUUACUACUGCGGUCCCUACUUCAUUUACCACUGCAGUACCAACCCAAGCCAUCAAUCAUUUUUGCAACAAUCCUGUUCCAGACCCAAUUCAUCUCACAGAAGACAGAGAAAUUAUUGUUUGUGCCCUUGCUGCUCCUGACAAUCCAGUUCCUGGUCCAUUUGGUGCAAAGCGCAAACGUAGAUCGUUCUGGACAGCAUGUGCAUGUUGCAAGACAAAGAACAAACAUUCAAUAGAGUAUCUUGGUUGCGACAUUUCUUGCAUUCACUGCAGUGAAACAUUCAAAGCCACUGAAGUAUCAAGACCUCGAAACCAACAUACAACCACUACAGAGAGUGUUCACUCUGGAGCAAUUGUUACAUCUCAAGGAACCAUUUUAGAACCUAGCAAAAUGACACCAACUGUGGAGACUCCUCUCCAAAAAAGGGUUAAAAGGGAGAUCAAUGUAACACAGGCUGAUGGCAAACAUGGAGACAAUCUUCAGGGUAGCUUCGAUGAACAAAAAACAAAUACAAUUGUGGAGCCUAACAUUAUUAGAGGAAGGGUUCAUCAUGAGGAGCCAGUUAGAAUAAAAAUUAGCAAGAGAAUCACCGAGGAUGAAAUAAAGAAGUUUUUAAUGUCCAAGGGCUGGAAUAGGGUCACAGAAGCAACAAUCAAAGGAAACAACAUAAAACAAUGA